GGAUUUUAAAGCCUUGGUGUCAUAAUGGUGGUAUUUAAAGGUGGAUCGAUUCAGGAAGGACACCACUGAAGGCCUAUGUGUGAAAUGCAUGGCCCGUCACUGCUGAGAUAGAAUGAUGAAAAAACAUUGAGAGGAACCAGACUCAAAAGGGAAUCCAUUUCUCAUCUGAGUAAGAACGAAUGUCCAUUCAUUACACUCUUAUCAUUGUUGAAUGAGUAAGAGAACAUGUGUGGAAUAUGAGUGCAGGUUGUGUGUUAGUGUGAAGACUGGUGAGUGGUGCACUGUGUCUUUAAAUGGCAGCUCUGUGGAGUUAGUGGAUAUUUAGUCCGAUGAGGUCGCACCAAACCGUCACAACGCAGAGCAGCAGCUCGUCUGUGUACUCCGUGUUCACUCACAGGAAGUUCUGCAAACAAAUCCGGACUAAACUUUUACACACUUUUUUUCUACUUUUUGAACAUUUCCGGAUCGUCUACACAACCAGCACUGGAGUACUUCAGCGUUUGACUUCCACGCCGUCUCGCCUGUUCGUGGGACUCGAGAGUGCGAUGGGGAAUCAGGUGGAAAAAUUUACCCACUUAAGUUACGACGAAGUUCCGACCGUGGACCCGAACGGCUACGAGGACGACGAGGGCCCGCGGAUCGGCGUCUCGUACAUUUUCUCUAACGACGACGAGGACGAGGAAGAGGAGCCCCCUGCGGAGAACGGCGAGGGCGGCGUGCGCGAAGUGGAGUGCGCGGUGUUCUACCGGGACGAGUGCGUUUACGAGCGGAAGGGCGCGGACGCGGCGCCGCUGCAGUCGUGCGAGAACUUGGCGGACAGGUGUAAACCGGGCGACCUGUUGGAGUUCGUGGCGGCCGGCCAGUAUCCUCACUGGGCGGUGUACACGGGCGACUUCCAGGUGGUGCACUUGCAAGGCGGCGAGAUUAAAACGGACCACCUGUACGACGCGGGUCGAGGCAGACGCGGGCGCGUCGUGAACGACUUGUACCGAUUCCGCGCGCUGCAUCCGGACGUCGUGGUGAAGAACGCGCUCGACCAGGCCGGCGGGAAGGACGGCGCCGUGUGCUGGAGGAACUCCGAGUGCUUCGCUGCGUGGUGCCGCUUCGGCAAGCGCGAGUUUAAGACGGGAGGAGAGCUGCGCAUCGGUAAGCAGCCGUACAGGAUGAAAUUACAGCUGUCGGAAAAGAGGAGCCACGACCUCGAGUUCCAGAGUCUGGAAGAUCUGAUCACGGAGAAGCGCAGGAACGAUCAGAUCGGCCGAGACGCCGUGAUCCAAGAACUGGCGAAUCAUCUGAACUCCAGUGAAGAGGUCAACAGCGAUUGCAGUUGUGAUUGAGUAGUAAAAUAUGCUUUGUUUUUGGACUAUAACCAGAUGACCAAACUUUAAAACCUCUAGAAAUCCACACAUGAUUGCAAUAACCUAUAUGAUUCACGAUGAAUAAGAAGAUAUUGAUGGUCAAGGUCAGACCAGUGGAUUUUGCAUGGUUCAGGGUCGGCUGGUAACCAGAGAUAAGAGAAAAGUAAGGACCGAAGCAAUAUGGACAGCUUUUAUAAAGUCGAAAACUUUAUUCACAAUGAUAGAUAUGAAUUUGUUUACCGUGGCAGUGAUGGUCUCCUUCCUUGCUCUGAAACGAUACACCAAAGUUACAGAUUCCUGUAAGGUCCAGUAGUGUUUGAGUCCUGUUUUCUGUGUUCUGUCUUCUCUGUGUGAGCACAUCCACCACAUGGCACAUUACUGUGGUUUAGUAAAACAUGUGUUUACAUUCACUACAUUACGACACAAAUCAUAGCUGUGUUCCUCAAGAUCAUUCAAAGUGCACCCGGUUGACCGGUAACCUUCUUCAUAGAAGUUGUAUUACAAAAACAGCACUGUAUUUUGUUCCCCACGAUUAAUUUGUUGUAUCAAAACCAGUACUUUCAGGUGAACAGACACUACGUGUAAGCUACCUGUUGCUCAUGCUGUCAUGGCUUAAAUGACCUGUGUCAUAUUUUUUAAAUAUAAAUAAUCAUGGAAAUAAAUAUUUUCAAUAACCGUUUUGUAAAUGUAGAUUAUAUAGUGCACACGUAUCCACUCCUGGCCUCACCUGAACACAAUAUUCACCUGAGAUCCUAUUUAAAUAUUAAUUCGUGCACAGUGUUUACGGGUAUUUGUUGGAAUCGAUGCAGUUUGAAAUGUGUUUUGUUACAUCAGGAAGUCUUAUGGACCAGCCUCCUUUUUAUAUGUAGCAUUUCGAACAUUUCAAGGGGAGAUAAAAACAUUUUAUAGUCUGCGACCCCUAACUGUUCACUCCACUGACUCUCAUAGUACAGGUUUAUUUUAAGCCAACAAUUGACAAUAAAAAUCCUGAUUUAAAUGUGCA